GCACGGCUGAUUCACUAGCCGUCGCGAGCUUCCACUAUAUAGAUAGGUUAUCCACCCAGUCGCAGAACGUCGGUAAAGAGGAUUGAAAAGUAUUCUCACUAGUGGGAAUCGUCGCGUUGAGUAACUGAACAGUUUAUGACUGUAAACAAUAUGAGAGCCAAGGAAAGUAAUUGCCAAAAUUAAGAGGGAUGUUUUAGUGGCAACUUUUUAUGUGGGCCCGACUAAACCGAAUUGUGUGACUGAUGCCUCUGGGUCUGAAGCCCGAGUGCGUACGGUGUGGUGUGCGUGAGACACCGCUCUGGCAUGCAACUGAUGCUGGUAACCUAUGCAAUCGUUGCCUCGAGGAUGAAAAGAGCGUCGGUACCAAUGGUAAUUUAAAGAGUGAAGAGGAUGAAAAAAACGGUUCCGCGAAACCAUCCAGAAAGAGCACCAGAGUCACACGAUAUUGCAAGCCAAAGUCCAAUGCACCCUUAAAAAUCAUUCCUAAAGGCAAAGGACGCCGUCACAUCUUUAAAAAAACGCCUAUUAAGGCACCAGCAGCUGUUGCGACUCCAGUAACCAGUGACUUUGUAUUCUACAAAGGUUCCUAUUUUCAAGUUGGAGACAUUGUGUCCAUGAAGGAUAUUGAUGGUGGAAUUUAUUAUGCUCAAAUUAGGGGUCUGCUAACCGAUCAGUAUUGUGAAAAGAGUGCAGCAGUCACAUGGUUACUGCCAACUACAGCCAGUCCACCUCCAGAAGAUGGUUUUAGUCCAGAAACCUAUAUGAUUGGACCAGAAGAGGAUCUACCGCGAAAACUGGAAUCUAUGGAGUUUGUAAUGCACGCGCCUUCGGACUAUUAUAAACUCAAAAACAGUCCGUAUCCUCCGCCACUAACGGAAACGGGCACUGGUUACAUAUGGACAUCACUCCGGCACGAAGUAAGCGCCAGUAAAAAGUAAUUUAAUCACACAGUGAGAAUCGCAAAAGUAUAAGUGGAAUCGAUUCUUAUUCUAUGUAAAAUAACUGGCUACUGUGCGGUAUAAUUGAUGUUAUUUUAUCAAAACAUAUAUUCACAUGUUCAUUGUUCUCUGGAAUAUUACUAGCGCACUGGCAAUCGGUCAUAAGAAUUACACUGUACAUUCAGUAGGAUCUAGAAGCGAUAUUGUAAACAUUAUAUAAUUGGACAUAAUAUUUAUUCAAUAUAUAUUUAAUACAGAAUAACAUGAACAUUUAGCGUAUCUGCUAGGUAUACGUGCAAUAGUGAGAUUUUCUCGGACGAGCAGGGAGCAAUAGCGAAUUAUUUGUUUAGGACUUAUGAUUAACUAUGCACAAUGGAGAGUUAAAAAAAAUGCAAUAUCGCAGACAGUCAUUAUUAAACUGUUUUUUUUUU